GGAAUUUGAGGUUAUGCGCGAUCAGUACGAGCAGCGCAUCCAGCAGUUGGAGCGUGAGGUUUUUGAGUGCCGGCGGAAUUGCAGGCGCCACAGAAGCCCAAAAGCCUCGAAGCCACCAAAAGACGACAAUAUGAAACAUACAGACAAAGGCAAUGAUCAACCAACACAGCAGGAAGCCACAGAGCCCCCGACAGCUAACUAUAUCGAGACUGAGAACUCUCUGGUUUGGCACUACGACAUGAGCGAGUUUCCAUUGGCGAACGUAGGAGUGCGGCUCAAGCACAAACAGGUUUGUUUGCAUGCGCACCGCGAGGAGGGCGCUAAUUAUUUUGAAAUCAAACGAGAAUUCCUCCUGCCCGCACACGUGGAUAAGUCCAUGCUAAGUGCCAGCAUUACCCGCGGCGGUAAUUUGACCAUCACGGCACCCCUGAAGUCACACACUCGCCAACGUACCCAGAAGAAGUGAAACAACCGCCAACUUUUCUUAAUAUUACUUGCAGAAUAUAUUUCUUUCAUAAAUUGUAUCAUUAAUAUUUUUUGUUAUUUGUUCGAAAAUAUUGUGAAAUAAUAGAUAAUUUUUGAUCAAA